AUGAGUCGAGAUAUGAACCGUACGUAUUCGCAUAAACCCGAAUCGGGCGAGACUCAUUCCAAUGGAACCUUCAACCUACGGUACUACUUCGACCCGACCUACUACAAACCUGGCGGACCUGUAAUUCUGUUACAAAGUGGCGAGACAUCCGUGACUGGUCGACUGCCAUAUCUGCAGAAAGGCAUUGUCUACCAACUGGCCAAGGCAACAGGUGGCAUGGGCGUCAUUCUUGAGCAUCGCUACUAUGGCACGAGCUUCCCGGUCGACAACCUCGAGACUGAGAGUCUUCGCUUUUUGACUACGCAACAAGCUAUGGCAGAUCAAGCAUAUUUUCAACAGAACGUAGUGUUCCCAGGAUUCGAAGAUCAGAACUUGACCGCACCAAACACGCCCUAUAUCACUUAUGGUGGGUCAUAUGCGGGCGCCUUCGUCGCGUUCAUGCGAACCAUCUACCCCGAGUUCACUUGGGGCGCCAUAAGCUCAUCUGGUGUCACCGAGGCCAUCUGGGACUUUUGGGAGUACUAUGAGGCGAUUCGACUCAAUGCCCCUGCCGACUGCGUGCGCAACCAGCAGGUCCUCAUGAACAUCAUCGAUAACAUUAUAAUGAAGAACGACUCGCAGACUAUUGACGAUCUGAAGAACGCUUUUGGUCUCGGAGAGGUCUCCAACCCUGUCGAUGUCGCCAACGUGAUCUCUUUCGGUAUACAAAGCUGGCAAGGCCGUAACUGGGAUCCAGAAGUGGGCGAUCCCAGCUUUUACGAGUACUGCGGCAACAUCACCAAUACCACACUUCAAUGGUUCGAUACGACUGAUCUGGCAUCAAAUGCAUCUGCGCUGAUCGAGGCCGGCGGAUGGGGCAAUGAAAGCGAGACCCUAACGCCAAUAAUGCUGAAUUUGAUUGGGUAUACGAAUUUCACCGAAGUAUCGAGCUGCGAACUCACACAGAACGAGUGCUUUGCCAACGACAACGCAUCCCAGCCGAUGUACACAGACAAGAGCAUUGACAACCAAGGCAACUUGUCCUGGGCAUAUCAGUAUUGCACUCAAUGGGGCUACAUUCAAACGGGCUCUGGAGUUCCUGCGGACCAAUUGCCCCUCAUUCCGCGAGUGCUUGAUCUCGAAUACCUCACUUCGAUCUGUCGGUAUGCAUUCAACUUGACGACACCAGCCAAAGUCGAGGAGAUCAAUCAGUAUGGCGGCUUCAACAUCAGUUAUCCACGACUUGCAAUAGUUGGUGGCUCGGCGGAUCCUUGGCGUGCUGCCUCCCCUCUGGCUCUUGAUGUUCCGGAUAGGUUGAACGAGACCAGCACGGUUAGCCAGCCUCUGAUAUUGAUCGAAGGUGCGGUACAUCAUUGGGAUGAGAAUGGACUAUUCCCAAAUGAGACGACACCAGAACUGCCGCCUCCAGCGGUUGCAAGUGCUCAGGCAGAGCUCGCACAGGUCGUGCAGGCGUGGCUCCAGGAAUGGGCGUCCAGCAAUUCCUCGACGCCGGCCCAGACUACUCCGUACACUGGCGCCGCUUCAGCGGUUUCCUACAGCACGGCUGUGAUCGUCUUCGGCGCCCUUCUCACUGCUGUCGCGCUGCUGUAA